AUGCUCCCCUCUAUUGUGUUGGUGCUGUUGGUCACAGCACUGACUUGUGUCUGUGCCCAAGAGUAUUAUGAGAGGAGGAAACUGAACAAGGCCAAAGCCAAACCUGUUGCUGCAAAUAUUCACGAUGGACAAGCUAUCCUAGAUGAGGACUGCAGCCUGGAGCUCUCCUUUCUGCUGGACAGCUCUGAGAGCGCCAAGGAGAACCAUGAACAGGAAAAGCAGUUUGCCAUAAACGUGGUGGAUGGACUCCAAAAUGUACGGCUGCAGACCGGCCGCAGCUUGAGCUGGAGGGUUGCUCUGCUGCAGUACAGCAGUCAUGUUAUCACAGAGCAGACCUUCAAAGACUGGAGGGGCACGGAGAACUUCAAGACCCGCAUCGCACCCAUCGUCUACAUCGGCCAUGGCACCUACACCACCUACGCCAUCACCAACAUGACCAAGAUCUACCUGGAGGAGUCCAGCUCCGGCAGUAUCAAAGUAGCCGUGCUGCUUACAGAUGGCCUGUCCCACCCAAGGAACCCAGACAUUUUCUCUGCUGUUGCUGAUGCUAAGAACCAGGGAGUCAAAUUCUUCUCUGUGGGCAUCACCCCGGCAGCCAACGAGCCAGCCAAUGUGGCCCAGCUCUGUCUGCUGGCCAGUUCUCCUCCGUCCCGCUACCUCCAUAAUUUACAGGACACAGACAUUGUGGAAAAAGUCAUCACUGAAAUUACUGCCUUGGCUGAUGAAGGGUGCCCCCUGGCUCAGAAAUGUGCAUGUGAGAAAGGAGAGAGGGGAGCGAGUGGGCCUGCGGGGAAGAAAGGUCGCCCUGGAGAUGAUGGAGCCCCAGGACUCAAAGGCCAGAAGGGUGAAGCAGGGUUAAGUGGACUACCAGGGCGGGAGGGCGCUGAGGGAAAGCCAGGUUACAAAGGAGAAAAGGGUGAAAGGGGUGAGUGUGGCACUCCAGGGAUCAAAGGAGACAGAGGUCCUGAGGGUCCAGUUGGCACAAGAGGAACUAGAGGUCUGCAGGGGUUACCGGGACCACAGGGGGACAUGGGACCUGAGGGUCUUCAGGGAAAGCCGGGUGAACGUGGCCUACCGGGCUCUCCUGGAAUUCAGGGGGAAACCGGUGUUGGACUACCAGGACCAAAGGGUGACAUUGGAUUCCAAGGCCGACCUGGUCCUCCCGGUCCUCCUGGAAUGGGUGAACCUGGCCUACCUGGGCCUCAAGGACCGCAAGGUGUUCAGGGGGAAAAAGGACCCCAAGGCGAGGGAUUCCCCGGACCAAAGGGGGAUCGGGGGCUCACUGGACCGAGGGGGCACAGGGGAAUGCCGGGUGCAGGAAUCAAAGGAGAAAAGGGUGAACUUGGGCCCCCAGGUUCUCCAGGACUGACUGGACUUCCAGGAGCAGGAAUACAGGGGGAGAAGGGAGUUGAGGGCCCAAGAGGUCCACCAGGAGUCAGAGGACUUCCAGGAGAAGGUUUAGCAGGACCCAAGGGAGAUCAAGGUUUACCAGGAGAACAGGGAGCUCCAGGAGAGAGAGGCUUUGGUGAGCCUGGUCCAAAGGGUGACCCUGGAGCAGCGGGUUUGGCUGGCCUGCCUGGUCUUCCAGGAGAAGAUGGGGCUCCGGGACAGAAGGGUGAGCCAGGUUUAGUUGGCCAGAGAGGUCCUGAGGGAGCACCAGGAAUUGGCAUUCAAGGGGAAAAGGGUGACCAGGGUCAGAGGGGUAUCCGUGGGUUACAUGGGCCUCCAGGAAUCUCAGGGCCCUCAGGGCCAAAGGGAGAACCUGGGAUACCAGGCCGGCUCGGCAUGCCAGGGCCCUCAGGACGAGCCAUAGCAGGUCCUAAGGGUGAUGCAGGCCCACCUGGCCCCUCCGGGCCUGUUGGGGAAACAGGCCAUGGGCUACCUGGCCCAAAGGGUGAUCGUGGUCACUCAGGUUUUCCAGGUCCAGCUGGUCCGAAAGGUGAAGGCUUCCCUGGCCCUGUGGGUCCUCCAGGUUUGCCGGGCUUACCGGGUGAGCAGGGCCUUGAAGGAAUAGGAAUUCCUGGUCCUAAGGGAGACACUGGAUUUAGAGGAUUGCCAGGUUUGCCCGGCCCACCAGGAGAGGGAUUACAAGGACCACCAGGUAAUGUCGGCAGGCCUGGCCCUCCUGGGACACCUGGAUCUCCAGGGGAGGGUAUUCAAGGCCCAAAGGGUGAGCCAGGGUUUCAGGGUGUGACUGGGCCUAGAGGGCCUCCAGGUGAAGGAUUUCCUGGAGCUAAGGGUGACCGCGGUUUACAGGGCGAGAGGGGUGUGAAAGGAGUAAAAGGAGACAUUGGAGAUCCUGGAAUUCCAGGUGAAGCGGGGAGGCCAGGAGCAAAAGGAGAGGCAGGCCUCACAAGAGAGGACAUCAUUAAGCUGAUCAAAGAAAUUUGUGGAUGUGGUGUCAAAUGCAAAGAAAGGCCGAUGGAGCUUGUGUUCGUCAUCGACAGCUCAGAGAGUGUCGGGCCUGAGAACUUUGAAAUCAUCAAGGACUUUGUCACAAGGUUGGUGGACAGGACCACAGUUGGACGUAAUGCCACCAGAAUUGGACUGGUCCUCUACAGCCUGGAUGUCCACUUGGAGUUCAACUUGGCUCGCUACAUGACCAAACAGGAUGUCAAGCAAGCCAUAAGGAGAAUGCCUUACAUGGGCGAGGGCACCUACACUGGCACCGCCAUCAGAAAGGCCACUCAGGAGGCUUUCUUCAGCGCCCGCAGUGGAGUCCGAAAAGUAGCCAUCGUCAUCACUGAUGGUCAGACUGACAAACGAGAGCCUGUCAAGCUCGACAUAGCUGUGCGAGAAGCUCAUGCUGCUAAUAUUGAGAUGUACGCCCUGGGGAUUGUCAAUUCCUCUGAUCCCACACAGGCUGAGUUCCUGCGAGAGCUCAAUCUGAUUGCCUCCGACCCUGACAGUGAACACAUGUACCUUAUUGAUGACUUCAAUACUUUACCAGCUCUGGAGUCCCAACUUGUAAGCCAGUUUUGUGAAGAUGAAAAUGGCGCUCUCAUCUACAAUCGCAUUACCAAUGGCUAUGGAAAUGGCAAUAACGGGCAUGGUAAUGGAUACAGAUAUAAUGGUGCUGGGAAUAAUGGCUAUGGCAAUAAUGUACAUGAAGGCAUCGAAUAUGACAACAAUAAUUUUGUGACGCACCGAGAGGACAACCAAAAUCAGAGAAACAUCAACAGCCACAUCAGAGGGCGUGGAGACACCUUUACCCUGCCCAUCAGUGCUGAUCCCCUCCCAGUUCAGGUGGAAGAAGAUGAUGAAGGUGAAGAUUUAGACUUCACGACACGUGUGACGGGUUCAUUUUUGCCUGUGAGAGAAAUCACGCACUCCAAUGUGGAAGUUGCAUCAUCUUCAUCUGCAUCAUCUGCAUCAUCUUCAUCCUCAUCUGCAACAGCUUCAUCAACACAGAGUUCAGGUUCAUCUAUAACCUCCGAUCAGUUGCAACAUGUGGUGACUCCGAUCCUGCCUGAGGAGUCCCUUCGUCUCGAUCCCCGCUGUGAUCUCAGCUUGGACCAAGGCACCUGCCGAGAUUACGUCAUCCGCUGGUACUAUGACAGACAGGCCAACGCCUGUGCACAGUUCUGGUAUGGAGGCUGCGGGGGAAAUGACAAUCGUUACGAGACAGAAGACGAAUGCAAGAAAAUGUGUGUUCUGGAUAAAAUUGAGAAGAACGUGUCUGGCCGUGGUCUAAUGAACCUUCUGGGGCGAAAAUGA